AUGAUUAAAUUAUUACACCAAGAAGUUCAAAACAAGAAUUAUUGUACAAAUUUUAACGAUAAUACAGAGUUUUUGACAGAUCAACAAGACCUACAAGAGUUUGAUGUGUGUUUAAUGAAAACACUGAAAGAACGUAAGAAAGAUGAACUUGAUGUUAAAUUAAAUGAUGAUAAUAGAGAUAAUAGAGGUGUAAUUAAAAAUAAAUCAGGAAUAAAAGAGAUGAAUAAUGAUGAGAUUAAUAAUAUUAAUGAAGUUGAAGAAGUUGAAGAAGUUGAGAAGAAACACUAUUGA